AUCAGAUGGCAUCUCCAUUUCAUGAGAGGCGAGACCUAAGCUGUCCCUGGAUGCAUAAAGGACUUUGCUAAAGUAGCAGGUGGAUGGAUACCUCUGACUCCUUCAACUCUUCUUUGCCAGGGACAAUGGAGGCUUUGACGGCCGGGACUGAGGUAGUGACAGUGGAUGAGUCUGUCAGGACCACCCUGUUUGACUAUGAAUUCUCUCUGCCAUGUGAAAAAACCAAGGUCAAGGAGCUGGGCACCCGUUUCCUGCCCCCACUGUAUUCCGUGGUGUUUGUGGUUGGUCUGCUGGGCAAUGUGAUGGUGGUCGUGAUCCUCACAAAAUACAAGAGGCUCCGGAUCAUGACCAACAUCUUCCUGCUCAAUCUGGCCAUUUCUGACUUGCUCUUCUUGUUCACUCUGCUGUUCUGGAUUCACUACAGCAGGUGGAAUGAGUGGGUGUUUGGCCCCUUCAUGUGUAAGCUCCUCUCUGGGCUUUAUUACAUGGGCUUGUAUGGUGAGAUCUUCUUCAUCAUCCUGCUGACCAUAGACCGGUAUCUGGCCAUCGUCCAUGCUGUGUUUGCUCUCCGGACCCGGACUGUCAGUUUUGGUAUCAUCAUGAGCAUCUUCACCUGGGUCCUGGCAGGGGUAGCAGCCCUUCCUGAGUUUGUCUUCCAUCACUCCCUAAACGAAGGGGAGCAGUACAUCUGCUUGCCUCUCUACCCAAGAGGCCAAGAAGACAGCUGGAAGCGUUUCCAUGCUCUGAGCAUGAACAUCCUCGGUCUGGCCCUGCCCCUGCUCAUCAUGGUCAUCUGCUACUCAGGAAUUAUUAGGACACUGCUGAGAUGCCCCAAUAAAACCAAGUACAAGGCCAUCCGGCUCAUUUUUGUCAUCAUGGUGGUCUUCUUCAUGUUCUGGACUCCCUUCAACCUGGUUCUUCUUCUCUCUGCUUUCCAAGCAAUCUUCUUUGAGUUCAGUUGUGAGCAGAGCAAACGGCUGGACGUGGCCAUGCAGGUGACGGAGGUGAUUGCCUACACACACUGCUGUGUCAACCCCAUCAUCUACGCUUUCGUCGGGGAGAGGUUCCGGGAGCACCUCGGCCACUUCUUCCGCAGGCACGUGGCCACCAACCUGGGCAAAUACAUCUCGUUCCUUCCCAGUGAGAAGUCAGACAGAGCCAGCUCUGGCUCCCCAUCAACGGGGGAGCAGGAGCUCUCGUUUGUCUUUUAGGCCAGAUGCGGAAAGUUACCUAAAGCAGACGCGCCGGACGGACGAAGGAAACGUGCUAGGUCCGUGGCAUUAACCUUAAUGCCAGCCCUUUGAACUUCCAGCUCAAUGCUGACACUUGUAAAGGCAUUAAAGUGUAUACACAAUAGGAUCGGCAGACCUGUGUGUCCCAGGCAUUGACAGGGGCCACUGGUGAGUCUGUUCACUUGCUGUCCAUGCCAGAAAGCACAACUUUGCUUGGUUCUCAGAAGAGUUACAUACAGUGUCAUGUACCCGAGUGUCAGCUAGUCACUCUAUGCAGCUACAAACAAGUAAAUCAUUCUAUAGUUUAAACCUUAACUUCAGCCAGCUGUUGCAUAAAUGAAACAUAUUUCACAAAAUACAAUAAAUCAGUUGCAAUACUU